UUAAUUUUUUAUUUUAAAUGCGAUACUAUCGUAUCAUUAUUUUCAUUGUCGAAUGAAUGAAUUUCUUCUUUCUGAAUGUAUACAUCGUGAGUUCUUCUAAUUUUAGGGUUUCGAUUCGAAUUACGGUUUCAACAAAAUAUAACCCAUUGUAUUUAAUACAAAGGGUUUGCUGUAAAGAUAAAUUAUAGGAAUUUCAAUCGUCAACCCUUCUCGAUAAGGGGGUUACCUUAUAGUAGCUGAAAACAGAGUUUAACAUUGUUUGUUUGGUAAACAAACAUUUGGUUCUGAUCGAUUCUUUCUGGGCGAAUUGAAUUGAAUCAAAGAAUCGAGGAUUAGGAGGUACAUUCUCUUGGGUGGUUGUUUAUUUCGAACCAAUUUGUAGAACUUUUGUCGAACAAAUUUGAUUUUUUUAGGGGAUUUGUUUGAGGUUAAAAGGCAAUACUAAGGAUGGAGAGUGCAGUAAGUGGAGAGGAGGAUGAUUUCGUCAAUGAAAAAACGUCAUUAGCUGAGAUCACAAUAAAACUAGAGGAGGCUGAUACUGUCAUGGAAGAAAGUUCUUUCGCGGAGACCAUGGUAAGCGCAGAGGAGGCUGAUACUGUGUCAUUAGCGGAGACCACAGUAGGGGUAGAGGAGGCGGAUACUGCGUCAUUAGCUGAAGCCACAGUAAGUGUAGAGGAGGAGGCUGAUACUGGUAAGGAAAAAACCUUAAUGGCGGAGACCCCAGUAAGUGUGGAGGGGGCUGAUACUGGCAAGGAAAAAACGUCGUUAGCUGAGAAGAUAAUAAGUGUGGAGGAAGAUGAUAAUGUGAAGAAAAAGACGCCAUUAGUGGAGACUGCAGUAAGCAUGGAGGAGGAGGAGAAUACUGUGAAGGAAAAAACUCCACUGGAGGAGACUGGGGCAGACAAAACUUCAUUAGUGGAUGGCAGUUCUUCAAAUAACUCAGUUGGGGAAGGCUUUGAGUCAUCCAAUCCUACUAAAGAUGCACAAAUAUAUCCUUCUGAGGACUUGAAGGUGGAUGCGAAACCAGUUAAUAAUCCACAGCAAGAUACCACCAUUGCAGUGCAAGAUGUCACCAUCUCAGAGGUCUGGGUUGACUUGGCUCAAUGUUUUAAAACCGAUAAGGUAUUUGACUCACGAGAAGCAGUAAUUCAAUGGUGCCAAGAGGUUGGGAGAAAGAACAAUACAGUUCUUGUGAUUACGAAGUCCAAUAGUAAACCAGCGGGAAAGGGUUCCAUAGUUGAGCUUGGAUGCGAAAGAGGUGGUGUUUACAAGAACCAUAAGAGAAAGGACUACAAGCCAAAGACUGGACUUAAACGGAAAAGGGCUCCUAAUACCAAAAAGUGUGGUUGUCCUUUUAGCUUGAGAAGUCUAUGUAUGGCUGGAAAUAAAUGGAAUAUAAAGGUAAGGUGUGGGAGACAUAAUCAUGAGGUUGAAAAUGCACUGACUGAACAUGCACUUAUAAAGCGUUUGAAAGAAGAUGAAGAGCAACUAUUGGCUCGGUUAACCACAAGUGGUCUCCGUCCUCAACAGGUACUGAAGGUACUGAAAGAGAGGAACAAAGAAAAUCACUCGACCAUUAGAACCAUAUAUAAUGCGAGGGCAAAAUUAAGAAUGCUUGAGAUGGAGGGAAAGUCAGUGAUGCAACAGAUAUUAAAGCUGUCAACACAAUUUCAUUACAUGGAGUGGCACAGGAAGGAUGAAGAGACGGAUGAGUUAAAGGAUAUAGUGUGGUCUCAUCCAGAGUCGACGUUGUUGGCAAAAUGUUUCCCAUCAGUGCUAUUGGUUGAUUACAUGUGCAAGACCAAUAGGUUUAAGAUGCCAUUUUUUAACGUACUUGGGGUCACUUCUACAGGAAUUUCUUUCGUAGUUGCGUAUGUGUUUAUGGAAGAGGAGACGGAGGAACACUUAAGUUGGGUGUUAAUGCAACUGAAAUCAUUAUUUCUGCCGGAUAAUUUGCCUUCUAUAUUUGUAACUUUUGGGGAUCCUCUGUUGGUAAAUGCAAUUGGUGCUGUAUUUCCAGGAGCGAGUAGGUUGGUAUGCACAUCUCACAUAGAACAAAAUAUUGUGAUCAAUUGCAAAAAUGCAUUUGAAGAUGACAACACGUGGAAUGAAUUCUACCGUGAUUGGGAGCAUGUUUGGAAAGCGAAGUCUGAGGAAGAUUAUGUGGAUACAUAUGCACAGUUUGUAAAAACGUGGAAAACGAGGGCCCCUGCAUGUGUUACCGACCUGUGUGAUACAUGGUUAGAGCAUAAGGAGAGCUUUUGUUUGGCCUGGACACAAAAUAUCAAGCACUUCGGUAACACUGUAAUUAAUAGGGUUGAAACUGAGCAUAGUCCGCUGAAAAAGUCUAUGGAGUCUUCUGCUGGUAGUUUCUUUACUUGUUGGGAAGCAAUGCACAACUUGAUAAAUAACCAGAUUGCUCAGAUUAAGUCCUCCUUUGAGAAGAGCUUGACUUCAGUCAGACAUGAACACCAGAUACCUGCUUUCCAGGUGUUGAGAAACCAUGUUUCUCAAUAUGGGUUGGAUCUUAUAUUACUGGAAUUCACCCGAUCAGAAGAUUCUGGCACAGAUGCUGCUGCUUGCAAAUGCUCAUUUCGCUCUACGCAUGGACUUCCAUGUGCCCACGAGUUAGUAAAGUACACCCAAGAGGGCAGGCCUAUCCCUCUUUCGCAGAUUGACCAACAUUGGAAACAACUUUCGGUAGUACCUGUACUAGAGAAUAGUGUUGGUUUUGAUUGCCUAACAGAAGUGGAUUUACUCCGACAAAGAUGGAUAGCUGCAUCUGAACCCGACCGACACUUACUGGUUGAGAAGAUGAAUGAAAUUGCAAACGCAGCUUUGUCUUAGCAACACGGUAAUGGCUUAAAGAGUUUAAUAUAUGAAAAGUAUGUUGCUUUUAUUUGUAAAAUAGUCAAUGAAGUAGCAAUUGUUUGGAUUCUGCCACCUGAAUGCUUAUCUUCUGGAGUUUCUGGACUAGUUUCUUGAGACACUUUGUCGACAUAGCGAUGGUAGACUAUCCCUAAAGCUAGUCUUUGUCGGAAUACAAACUCCCAAAUAGUUAAGUUAUUAACUAAUUUACUGGUUAAGUUUUUUUUA